AUUCUGGCGGGGCUGGAAGAGUGCAAGCCGGUUGGAGUUUCAAUGUUUAGGACCACUCUUGAAGUGUUGACCAAACUGACAAAGGUAAGCUAAGGGAAGGGCUGACACAAGAAGCAGGUACGCCCUGGGGAGGAAACGGAGGUCAUUAGAGGCUUACACCUGGUGUGUUUUCCUUCAGUUAUUCACCUGUCCCUCCAGGAGGCUACCAAAAGGGCUUUAUCUAUACAGGGCCAGACCCAGGGUCCCAACUGGGACAACCGGUAUUCCUGGUUACUUCCCUUCAGCACCUGGAGUCAGUGGAGUAACCAAAGAGGCAGGAGCGGCUGGGGUUAGAACCCAGAGGGAAAGGACAGUGAAGGGCGCUCCUUGCAGUGCCUGUAGGACAGAAGGCGGCCUGUGUUCGAUCACUGGGCUGCGCGGGGCUGCACUGUGAUCUUUGAUCCUGCUUCCUGAGCUUUGAUUCCGCGGCUUUGAGAGAAGGCUCCUCUCUAUAGUUCGGAGAAGGAAAACAUUCUGCGCCGCAGGCAGGCCGGACGUGACUUGUAUUUACUUAGCUACCUGAAUUCCGAAGGGUAGCUGGGGUGGGAGGCUCCCUUUUUUCCGCGCCAGCUCCCGCUGAGCUUUGCCUAGGGACUGUCGGGCAAUCUGGUGGCCAGAGAGAAGAGCUUGCCCUCUAGCACCUGCCAAUCGACUUUGUGCAAAAUGUCUCUGUAGUGUCCCCUCGGGGUCCGCAUACCGUCCCCGUCCUACUGUGUGAGCCACUCCUUGGUUUCUCCUGGGGUAGCCAAAGCGCAGGUUGUUUGCGCCUCCUGGGAGGGCGGUGGGAGCGUAGCUGGCGCGGUCCCGGACGUCCAGCUGGGAGGGGCGGUCCCGGCGCUCGCAAGCUCCACCCCUGGCUCCCUAUAAGCGACUGCCCGGCCCGCGGCGGUGGCGGCGGCGGCAGCGGCGGCGGCGGCGGCGGCGAGAGCAGGCUUAGGGUCUCUUGCGGCCGGUGGAUCCUCCAACCCGCUCCCAUAAGGCUUUGGCUUUCCAACUUCAGCUACAGUGUUAGCUAAGUUUGGAAAGAAGACAAAAAUAAGACCCCGGUGACGGCUUUGCUGUUGUUUUUUGCCUUAGUUGUCCUUUGGGGUCUUUCAGCAUAGUGCUUAUAGUGGUGCUAUCUUUGGUUCCUUACACUCCUGUGAACAAGUUCCCGGGCAAGAGCAGCUAAAGCUACCAGCAUCAGAACAAACAAGGGGAGAGAGCCUGGUGUCAUGACCAAGGCAAGAGAUCAGACCCAUCAGGAAGGAUGCUGUGGAUCCUUAGCAAAUUACCUGACCUCAGCAAAAUUCCUCCUCUACCUUGGCCACUCUCUCUCCACUUGGGGGGAUCGGAUGUGGCACUUUGCAGUGUCUGUGUUUCUGGUGGAACUCUAUGGAAACAGCCUUCUCUUGACAGCUGUCUAUGGGCUUGUGGUGGCAGGCUCUGUUUUGGUCCUGGGAGCCAUCAUUGGUGACUGGGUGGAUAAGAAUGCCAGACUUAAAGUGGCCCAGACGUCACUGGUGGUUCAGAAUGUGUCUGUCAUACUCUGCGGAAUCAUCCUGAUGAUGGUUUUCCUACAUAAGAAUGAGCUUCUGACCAUGUACCAUGGAUGGGUCCUGACUGUCUGCUACAUAUUGAUCAUCACUAUUGCAAACAUUGCAAAUUUGGCCAGUACUGCCACUGCGAUUACAAUCCAAAGGGACUGGAUUGUUGUUGUGGCGGGAGAAAACGGGAGCAGAUUAGCAGACAUGAAUGCUACCAUUAGAAGGAUUGACCAGCUAACCAACAUCUUGGCCCCCAUGGCUGUUGGUCAGAUUAUGACAUUUGGUUCUCCGGUCAUUGGCUGUGGUUUCAUUUCCGGUUGGAAUUUGGUGUCCAUGUGUGUGGAGUACUUCUUGCUCUGGAAGGUUUACCAGAAGACCCCUGCUCUGGCUGUAAAAGCUGCUUUCAAGGUAGAGGAGUCAGAACUGAAGCAGCUGACGUCACCUAAAGAUACUGAGCCAAAACCUUUGGAGGGAACUCAUCUAAUGGGUGAGAAAGACUCCAACAUCCGUGAACUUGAAUGUGAACAAGAGCCCACCUGUGCCUCCCAGAUGGCAGAGCCCUUCCGCACUUUCCGAGAUGGAUGGGUCUCCUACUAUAACCAGCCAGUGUUUCUGGCUGGCAUGGGCCUGGCUUUCCUCUAUAUGACAGUCCUGGGCUUUGACUGUAUCACUACAGGGUACGCCUACACUCAGGGGCUGAGUGGAUCCAUCCUCAGUAUUUUGAUGGGAGCAUCAGCAAUAACUGGAAUAAUGGGAACUGUGGCCUUCACCUGGCUACGUCGAAAAUGUGGCCUUGUUCGGACUGGUCUAUUCUCAGGACUAGCCCAGCUUUCCUGUUUAAUCUUGUGUGUGAUCUCCGUGUUCAUGCCUGGAAGCCCCUUGGACCUGUCUGUUUCUCCAUUUGAAGAUAUCCGUUCUAGGUUUGUGCAAGUGGAGCCAGCAUCCCCAACUACCAAAAUUCCUGAGACCGUCUUUACAACAGAAACACAUAUGUCCAACAUGUCUAGUGUCCAUGAGAUGAGUACUAAAUCCGUCCCCAUAAUCUCUGUCAGCCUGCUGUUUGCAGGAGUCAUUGCUGCUAGAAUCGGUCUUUGGUCCUUUGAUUUGACUGUGACACAGUUGCUGCAAGAAAAUGUAAUUGAAUCUGAAAGAGGCAUUAUCAAUGGUGUGCAGAACUCUAUGAACUACCUUCUCGACCUUCUGCAUUUCAUCAUGGUCAUCUUGGCCCCAAAUCCUGAAGCUUUUGGCUUGCUGGUAUUGAUUUCAGUCUCCUUUGUGGCAAUGGGACAUCUUAUGUAUUUCCGAUUUGCCCAGAAGACUCUGGGAAACCAAAUUUUUGUUUGUGGUCCUGAUGAAAAAGAAGUUACAGAUGAAAAUCAACCAAAUACAUCUGUGGUGUAAAAAUAGUUUAGCUGUGGCCCCUGUUACUAGAUUGUGGAGAGCACAUGUGCUUAGUUUGUACUGCAGAAUUCCAAUAAAUGCCUGCAUUUCUCUUUGGUUUUACC